AUGGCGGCCGCCGCUUGCGGUCCUCGCGGCUGUCCGAGGACUAAUUCAGCCAAACCACACAAAGAACUAUUGCGAAAAAGCCGGGAUUCCCGUCGCAGACAAGCGGCGCUGUUGUUUCUUACUAAUAUAUCUUUGGACGGACGCCCGGUCUACAACCUGAGCAAUGGACUCGUUGGCCCCAGGGAAGCCGACAGCCGGUGUGUAGAUGUCGGCGCUGCGGCGGUGGCGGGUCUCCCUCUGUCGACAACCAGCAGCUACGGAACCUUCACUCAAGUGUCAUCCUCCAUCAGCGGAGGAGCUGCUACCCCUACACCGAGGACUAAUACUUACCCUGCUCCUCUGAGCCCUCCUCCGGCGUUUAACCAAGGGAGCAGCGACGUUUUCACGGAGGAUGGAAGAUCAGAUCCUUUGUCAGUCCAGGCUCCCCCUCUUUCACCGACCACUGGACCUCCGAAUACGGCUUUGGGAUCCAGUAAAUCCCCCAGCCAGUUCCCUGGCUCUAACCCUGUGCCUGAUCCCCGUCAAAGGACACGUAACCUCUCUGGAUCUCCAGGACCGAAGGUCUCCAAGAAGGUGCACUUCAUCAAGAAUAUGAGGCAGUAUGAUACUCGAGGGAGCAGGGUUGUGCUGAUCUGUGCCAAGAGAUCCCUGUGUGCUGCUUUCUCUGUAUUGCCCUAUGGAGAGAGUUAUCACAUCAGUGACUCUAAGCUAGAAGCGCAGAGACAGAGACACUCUUCUGGUGGAGGAUCUGAUAUGGUUCCUGGACUGGAGGGUGUGGAGGUGGACUUUGGAAAGACAGUAUCGUAUGCCCGUUUCCUGCUGCCAACUAAUGCCUUGGUGAGGCUAAAGAGCAGUGGCCAAACUGACAUCAGCACAGCUCAAACGCCAAUGUCACGAAACCGUAUCAAUGGGCAGAAGAACUUCACCCCGUCCCGAAUCAGCAGCACAAUUGGACAAGAUACAGGUGUAGACGAGCUGUCAGAGUAUGAUCCCAACUUACUGAGUGACCCUCAAUGGCCUUGUGGGAAGCACAAACGAGUCUUAAUUUUUGCAUCGUAUGUGACAACGGUUAUUGAGUACGUGAAACCAUCUGACUUAAAGAAAGAUAUGAACGAGACAUUCAAGGAGAAGUUUCCACACAUAAAGUUGACAUUCAGCAAAAUCAGAAGUCUGAAAAGGGAGAUGCGUUCAGUGAGUGAGGAGUGUGGCCUGCAGCCGGUGACCAUCGCAAUGGCUUACGUUUACUUUGAGAAACUGGUUCUGCAAGGGAGGCUCAACAAGCACAACCGGAAGCUGGUGUCUGCCGCCUGCGUUUUACUGGCUGCCAAGAUCAGCAGCGACCUCAAGAAACAGGAGGUCAAGCAGCUGAUUGAUAGGCUGGAGGAGCGUUUCCGAAUAAACCGUAAAGAGUUGAUUUCCCUGGAGUUCACGGUUCUGGUUGCCUUGGAGAUGGCACUUUACCUCCCAGACAGCAAGGUCAUGCCUCACUAUCGCAGGCUGGUGCAGCAGGGCUGAAAUAAAGAGACACUUAAAGAGACGGUACACCCCAAAAAUGAAGAUUCUGUCCUCGUUUACUCACCCUGGUGAUACUUUAAAAAUGGUUUAAUUACCCAUACUGUAUGUUCUGCGAAGAAUGUAAGCAGAUCACUGAUACUAGGAAGUCAGUGUCGAUUGGUUUCCAACAUCAUACAAAACAUCUUCUUUAGUGAUCAGCGGAUGGAAGUGGAGGGUGAAUAAAUGAUGGCAGAAUAUUCAUUUUUGGGUGAACUAUCCCUUUAAGAGCUUCCCGUGGACCAGAGAUUUGAUUUUCAUCUCAUUCUGGAAGUUUUUUGUAUUAUUUAUUGAUCAAACAGAUCACAAAUAUUUCUAGUGGUCUCAUCUUCAGUCGUUUACUUUCUUCAUGGAACUGAUUUUAUAAAUCAUUUAGAAAGAAGCUUACUUUAAGCACAGAUUUUUUUCAUUUCUUCUUUUGUAAACCAUCAUUUAUCAAAGCCUUUUCUUAAGGAAUCGCUUUAUUUAUGCAAUAUUUUAUUUAUGAAAAAUCUUCAUUUUAAUUUAUGAACACUGACUAUAUUUUCGAUGACCUCACAUAGAUGUUUUUUCCUGCUUUUUUGAUGGAUUUUGGCAUAUGUAUGGCAUUCCGAUGCGCAUCCAGCCAUGCACUCUAUGUUAGAGAUGACAUUUAAUGAGCACAUUAAUUGUGCUUUUCCUUCUCUCUCUCUGUCUUUUUAAAGUCAUCAAACAUUUAUCAGCUAGAUCAGGCAUGGGCAAACUCGAUCCUCGAGGGCCGGUGUCCCUGCAGAGUUUUGCUCCAACACUAAUCAAACACACCUGAACACCCUAAUUAGUGUCUUCAAGAUCACUGGAAAGCUACAAGCAGGUGUGUUUGAUUAGGGUUGGUGCAAAACUAUGCAGGACACCGGCCCUCCAGGAUCGAGUUUGCCCAUCCCUGAGCUAGACUGUGGUUCAACAGUGGUAUGAUGUUCUUCGAGCAGACACCUCAAUGAAUUUUAAGUAGCAUUGAAUGUAAAAAAAUAUGUGAGUGCCAUUUUUAACAGUUUGUCUCAUGUUUAGAAACUUUCCCCCAGUUUUAAUGCACUGCACAGCUGGAAUUUAUGUGCGACCCUAAUGGUGGACGUUUUAAACGGUACAGUAGUUUUUACAAAUAACUCCACACCUGUAUAUUCAGCUUCUGUGUAUUUGAAUCACUGACGAAAUGACUGGGUGAGUCUGUUUUGUGUUGUGCAGUGUUAAAAUAUGACCUAACCUUUCUGAAUCUUUUUGAUUGAUCUUUCUGAUUGGUUAGUGUUCAUAUAAUAUCGUCUUUUAUCUCUUCGGUGGUUUGGAAAUGUUUAUACACCAUAGGAGUGGCCUAUGUUUACUUACACAACCUGGACAGUAUCACAGUGUGCAGCAUUACCACAAAUAUGCAACAUUGUUUAAUUUUAUUUAUGUUUUUGGAAGAAGCAGAAGCACAGUCUCCAUCUAGUGGUGAUAUUUUUAACAUGAUGGUUUUGUAUAGUGCGUUUGCUCCUUUCCCUCAGGGAUCCAGACUGGUUGAAAUUCACAUGUUUGAGGGCAAUAUCAGCUAUAAGAGGGUAAUUAAAUUGGAGAGAAUUAUUGGUAAUCACUUCAAAGUAUAAAUCUUCUCUGAGCAUUGAUGAAUGAAGUGCCUUUUCUAUUUCAUCUGUCAUGCCAUUUUCUACACAUCUCACUUAUUUAAUUCUUAUUUGAAAGUGUAAUCGCACCCCUGGACACAUUAUGAUUGUGACCGUAGGAAAACCAAGAGGCGUGUUGAUGGAAAACCUCACUUUAUGUGAACGCAUUCACUCCUGUGAUACUGUUGUAGAAGUUUUUUUUCCAGGAUGUAAAAUGGUUACAAGCACUGUGAAGGAAUCCUGUGAGGUUUUUGCAUGAGUUGGUUUUUUUGGUGAUUGUGUGUUUGUGUCUGUGAAUUUCUGCCAGAUUUAUUUUUUAAAAUGGUCUAUUUUAGCAGAAUGUCUUUAGAAUGAUGUGAGGCUGGUUUUGCAUCGCCUGAUUAAAUAGCGACAGGGUUAAAACUGAACCCAAAAAAGCGCAUUGGUGUUUAUUGGGUGGUGUGAGCCAGCGUUUUAGUUUUGGACUGAACUGUUCACAGGGUUCGAUCUGUUGUGCUGUGUAGAUGCUGUGUUUUUGUCUUUUUUUUCUAUUUGCAUUUAUAAAGAUGUUUUUAAUUGUUC